GCCUUGAUCUAAUCCCGUGCCGUCGUUCUUGCGUGCUUCGAAUCCGCUGCUGUCUUCCGUAUUCUCAGUUUUGCUCUCUGCUCUGUGUUUGGUUUCCUUGGACGCAGUGGGGUGUACUUAUAAGUGGCCAAAGCCCUGACAAUAAAGCUUGAGCCUGAAGUGACACCAGAAAAAAAACGAUGUCGGAACAGUUAGACUCCCAUGAAGAGGAACUCCUGCAGGCUGCUCUGAACAACUCGUUCGGAUCUUCUUCAUUGCCUGCGCUGCCGGUAGUUGAACCAACGCCGCCUCCAGCUACAGCGCCAGCAGCUACAGAACCGGCUCCUGCGGCAAGUGAGGAAACUACUCCUGGUUCGUCUUCGUCGAACCCAGCUGAAGAAGCAUGGAAGGCUGAGUACGAGGCUCUCCAAGCGUCAUGGAAGAAGGACAGCGCAGAGCAGAGGGCUCAAGCUGAGGCUCGGCGAAAGAAGUGGGAAGAAAUCAGGGCGAGAGAAGCCCAGGAGAGAAAGGAGCGCGGUGAGCCUGAGGAGAAUGUUACUGGAAGCGGGUGGGUUGGUGUGAGUAACAGUGCAAGCAGUACGCUUCCGCCGAGUACUAGUGAGACGACUGAGACUAGUCCGGUUGAUGCAAGGGAUUUGGUUAGUGGGGAGGGUCAGGGUGGAAAGACGAAGGAAGAGCUUGAGGCUAUCCUGCCCGGUUCGGCUGAGCCGUCCCCGCCCGAAUCUGGCAGUCAUGAUCGCCAUGCCUCAGAACCAGAGUCCUCGAAUCACGAAAAGUGGGAAAAUGUCUCGUCCUCGGUCACGUCUUCCUAUCCUUCAAUGUCAUUCCCAUCGGACCCGCACUCACCUUCGUCAACACACCAUCCUCAUUUGCACCCUGAACAUCACGACGAGCAUCAUCUUCAUCAUCACCCUCCUCAUCAUCACGGCCACCAUGACCACGCGGAAACGACUAGCCCUACUUUUGCCGUCUUCGACUCUAGAUUGAGCCGCAAGACACGAGUGUUGGCUUUAUUGUCAAGUUUGGCUAUUAACCUGUUCCUGCCGUUUGUUAAUGGUGUUAUGUUGGGUUUCGGAGAGAUCUUUGCACGGAACGUCGUGGUGGGCUGGUUUGGAUGGAAGGUACCUGGACAGAGACCGGGCAGUGCAGCUGCUAGUGUUGGACUCGGAAGAUCUAGAGAGAAGAGACCGUGAAUAUAGUACCAGAAAGCAGGAUUUUAUUCCUAUUCUAUGCUACUAUAGAUUGAAUCAUUUCUUGUUCUCUCCACCUCCAGUUCUGAUGUGGCACGUCGACUUCCAUAUUGGUACGUAUUGUUCCAAAUCAAGCUAUGGCAUCUGGAAUAACACAUGUAAGCGCCGUC